GCGCGAUGAGCUCGAAGCGGUGCUUUCGCAGUCAAAGGUAGCCAUCAGGUCGAAGCUCACCACGUCGACAUCGCGCAUCUCUCACCAGACUCGCCAUUGGACUUGCCACCACUUCGUGACGUCGCACCUGGUUGCGACGAGACCUCCCUCGCGCUGACGCGCUCCCGUCCUUCGCGCUGCUCGACUCUCGACACGCACUGCGUCCACCGAUGAUUAGUGCGUCCGCAAACCUUUCGACAAUUUUUUAGUGGUCACUGGGCGUGUCGCUGUAUUCCCCGAGACGAGUUUCGCGAUGCUCCUUCAUGUCACUCAAGCGCCGCUGUGGCUACUGGGCGGGAGCGGUGACGUGGAAAGCCAGCGACUGUUGGGCGUGCCGUCGCAAGUGCCAGCUUCGACAUCCUCGGCUCCUCAACAACCACUUGGAAGCUCGCUCGGAUUGGCUGAUGGAAGUCUGAUCGUUCUACGAACAUUACCACCUGCGAUUCUUGAGAUUCGAUUCAUCCCUUCCUCGCGCCUACCUGAAGAUGGCAAAGCUCCCGCCUUCUCGCAACUCGCACAACCCAUCCUGCUUCGAUUCCCUUCACCUAUCUUGCCAGAGCCCAGCGUGUGGAUUGAUGCGAGGCAGACGCUUCACAUCGUCGCAGCAACAUCGACUGCUCUUCAUCGCGUCUCUUUCACCGCUGCAGAUCUUUCGACGGUCGAUGGCCCUCACAGCGACAGAAAGGAAAACUCGACGUCUGGCGGAUCGCAAAGACGCGAAGUUCCUAAUACAGCCCCGAGAAGCAAAGAGUCUGCGCAGCUCAAGCGAGAGUGGCAUGCAGAGCUGGCUUUGGACAAGGUGCAAAGGAUACACGCGUGCGAGGAGGGAAGGGUCGUCGUGCAAUGCGCUAAUGGGCUUCUCAUAGCGGAACAGAACAGAGCUGGGGAUGGCAGCGGCGCUUUCGAAGGCCCUUGGAGGACGACGGAUCUUCGUGCGGGCUCUUUCUUUCGAACAUUGACAAGGUACUUUGCAAGACCUGCGCCGACCUCGCCAGGCUCCAGCAACAGCCAGAACGCGUCUUCGGCGCCUGCACCCAUCUCAUCUGAUCGGACAGCACUCUCCAUCGCCAGCGCGAGGAGCUCUUCUUCCAACGAAAGUGAAAGGAACAUCGUUCUGCGAUCAGCUGCUCUUCAAUCAGUCUCGCUCGUGUUCAGCGUUCACGCAGACGCCAGAUUACGGAUUUGGGAUAUCAUAUCAGCCUCCUGCAUUCGAGAGAUCGCACUGCCCGCCUCCGCGCACCCUUCAGACGUCAAUCAACCUCUGCAAUCCUUCCCUCCCAACGCACUGCCGCAAAUCAAAGCAUAUUCGACAUCUCACAACAUUCGGUUGCUGAUCCACGUUCCUGCGGCAUCGAGGCGGUUCUUUGCUUGCUUCGACGUGUCCCUGCUCGACGCUCCCGGCGCUGUUGGGGAUGUCUCUCUCGCGUGGACGAGGGAGGAAGACUCGGAAACAAAAAGAAUCCGACUCGCAGACAUGCACCUUGGCACGCUGCAAGAAGAGACGGACGAGGUUUACGCAGAUACAUCAAGCGAGACCCUGUGGGGUGUAUGGGAAGACGAGGUAGCGGCACACAUCGCCUGGCUGCCCCUCAAUGCUAUGGAAGCCCCUCAACAGGACAACGAGGAUGCGCAUUGUAGCUGGUCGAGCGCGUACGUGGCUCAAGCUCAUCCACCUCUGCACGGCCCCUCCUUUGACCGCGAGCUGGAAGCAUCAGAUGACGUUCCGUCUUUCUUUCUCAAACGCAUCUUGCACACUUCGCGCUUUGCGCCUUACUUGGCAAGCACCUUGGACACUUAUGCCAGUGCACUCAGCUCUAAUUUGGAUCCUUCAGCGACAAGACCGCCGGCGCUACGCGGACAGCCAGUCUUCCAAAGCAUUGCCGAACGCAUCGCGUCGACUGUCGCAGCUGGUGUGCAGCUUCGGACGGACUCGCAUACAGGUUCGUGGCGAACGGACGCAUUUCAAGCGGCGGUCGCGCGAGAAUGGACAGCGUUUUCUAGAGCUUUGGAAGCUCGGGCUGCUGAAGAUCAAGCUCCGCUCGCCUUUCUCCCUAGCGAGACAGCGACUCCUCGUCUGCUUCUCGCUGGUGCAAUCGGGACAUUGUCGAGCCCGGACGCCGCUAGCUUACUAGCUCGCUGCGCCGAGUCAGAGCAUAGCAAGACCGCUGCAAAGGGCAGAGCUGUCCUUCGCGCGGCAAUUGAGCAAGACAAUCUCCAGAAACGAGUCGAGGCCAGUGGGCUCUUUUCACGAAACGAGGCCCGGACUCGGGCCCACUGGCAAUUGGUCACAGCAGCAGCGCGUUUCGAGGCUGCCCUGGGUACCAACGCGUCUCUCUCUUUCCAAAAAAAUCUUGAGCUCGCGUUGGAUGCCGUCACACCUCUUGACGUAUCGCUUGUGGACCUCGGAGACUCUCUGAUGCUCGAUUUACAGCCCGAGAUGGCCGAUCUACACGCGGUGCGCGAAGUCUGCGCAUCGCUUGGAGACGACCUCUUACGGGCGCUAGAUGAUUUCGGCAAACUUCUUUGCAGUGGCACUGGCGACCGCAGGUCUGGCUCGAGCGAAUUGGCUGAAGUCCCCACGCGGCUUCAUGCUGCCCUUCUAGCCGACGCGACUCAACGAUCACUGCUCGCUCGCGAGAGGGUGGCUCGGUCGUUUGUUCUGUUCCUUGUUGCGCUGGCCCAGCUCGAUCCUCUGGACAAUCUGGACACGGGAGCUCAUCGUGCGAUCAGAGCCCGCGCAAUUGUCUCCUUACACGACAUUGGAACUCUUGUGGAGCUUCUCCAAAUCAGCGGGGAGACCGAAGUCGAUGUGCAAACCUUCCAAGAAGCGCAGCCCAAUGACGCCGACGCCGUUGUGCAGGCUUUGGGAGACAUGAGCAUGGAAGCGACCAGACACACUUCCGCGCUCCAUCGGGCUCGCCCAAAGCUGCAUGGCGCGACAUCUGGCUUGCUUCAUCGCCUCAUUCUCUGUGGAUUCCUACCACUACUGGACGCUACGCAUCCAGGAGCCGCAGCGGGAGAAUUACUGCGUGAAUCGCGCUGGCUCGACCCUGCUGCCCUUCAUGCGACAGCGGAAACGCUGAUUGAUGACCUCCGAACAGAGGCACACCUCACAGAACCUCAUGUUCGGCUUGCUGCGCAACUCCUCUCCUUAGGCCUACCCAGCGCUGCCCUCACGAUGGUCGAUAGGUACGAGUCUUGCGCCGCUUCCCAUUUCGCGCGGGGUUCUGCCCUUGCAGCACUGGGUGAAGCCGGGCUCGCUUCUCAUUCCUUCGAACUAGUAGCCACGUGGCUCUGUUCCCACGACGACCUGUUCAUGAGGGAUGACGAAGAUGGGGAGGGCGCAGAUUUAGCGCUGCUGUUGCCACAGCAAGUCCGCGAAGCGACGCCCGGUGACUCCAGGCUAGCGACCUUCUACGCACACACUUCAGACAUUUUAAUGACUGUUUCUCCGUCCCAGGCCGCUUACUUUGCAGAAAAGGCGCUGUCUUUGCCUCCGACGCCCCACAGUAUCGACAUGCACGCCCGCGUUUUUGCAAUCAGGCUGUCAGAAGGCGAUUUUGCAGGAGCUCAUGCGCUGCUACUGACUGCGCCGCGCGAGAGGUCGCUCAACGACCUGCUGAGGCAACUUGUAGGAGCCAUGUGCGAGUCCGGCGAGGUCCAUCAACUCCUUGCAUUUUCUUUCCCGACAUUGCAACCCGAGAUGGAGCGCACACUUGCUUUCAAAGCACGCAAUUCGGACCCUAUAGGCGAACCGAACUAUUACUACAUCCUCUACGCCUAUCAUAUUCAUCGCGGUGAUUUGAAGAGUGCUGGUGCAACAAUGUAUCAGCAUGCUCAGCACUUGGCCAGUCUGCAGCGUGAGCGAUCUACGCUCUUCUCUGCCCAAUCAGCUGUGGAUGCGUUUUCAGAAGUAGCCAUUCUGCAAGCACGUUCAUACCUCGCAGCUUGCAACGUGCUUGCUCUCGUGCCCGAGAGGGAUGCCUGGUUCGGAGACGCUGCGUUAGGCCAUGACGAGGAUGAAGAUGAUCUCUUGCCAUACACUUUGAGCACUAGUCAGGCUCGCAAACCACGGCAGAGUCAAACAAGUCUGACUUCCUACGUUCCCGACGAGCUGUGGAGCAAUCAGACUCAGGAAAUCAAGAUCGUCUCUGCUGGUGAUGUCAAGCGCCGAUAUCGCCUGACCCUGGCACAUCUCGAGCUUUUGCAGCUCUACCCCGAAUUCGCUACGACCGCGACGCACCUCGACUCAUCUAACGUGGUACUUUUGUACACUCGUAACGAUCAAUACGACAAGGCAAUCUCGGUAGCACGAGCACUGCAGGUGGACAUGAGCGGAAUCUUUAACAGUCUUGCCACAAAAUGCGUUGGCCUUGCUCAAGGCCGUCAAUCGAGAUUACGAGCACAGCAGUCGUCCGAAAUCGGAGCCAAGGCCUUGCACCCUCUCAUGGCGGAGCUGCGAGACGAUGAGGAUGCAGACGGCGACGAAGGCGAAGCAGCGUUUCUCAUAUCUGCUGAACGAAGCGCUGGUUGGCAAGGACCAGCAGCGGACCGAGCGUGGAGAUAUCUACAGCUGCACCUGGAAGCUCAGGACGCACGCGCCUCACAAUGGAAGUAUCGAGUCGUGGUGCUUGAGCGCGUUCUUGGCCUCGGAGCCGCACACCUCAUCCCGAAAUGGCUCUUGGAUUGGUUCAAGCAAAAUCAGCCGACGAUGUUGGUGCAGUCGUGCAUGCGAUGUGGUCUACUAGACGACGCUCUACGGCACGCAAAUAGUAUGGUCAAGGAGGCUCAGGCAAAGCGUCUCGAUGAGCACGCAAGCAGUUCGUGGCUGCCCUACAACCUGAUCGACACUCUUCUGCAGCAAUCCGAAGACCCAAAUUCUAGACCGCCACAUGGAAGCUCCUCUGCAACUGCGACGAGAGAGCUAGCGCAGGCUCUACGCAGCUCCAUUCGAGAAUAUGUCGAGGAGCUGGAGAGGAAAGAGCGAGAGAUGAGGCGGUACGCCGAUAAAGCAGAGCUAGCGCGCAGCAGGAAGCUUCAGCACGGAGGCGACCCUGAGAUGGAAUGGGCGCCAUGACGAGGCGCUAAUCUGGCUAAUCAAAUAGUUCAUACGAUGUCAUACUGUCUGACAGCGAAUGUGACGUUUGCACGU